AUGAGCGAAUCGAUAGAAACAACACCACCAUAUAAGUCUAGAGAUGCAUUUCUCGCCCACGGCAUAAAUGACAUACUCCUCGAUGCCGCACUCGACUGCUCGAUCUGUCGAGAGCCGCUGGCGGUCGCCUUUGGGCAGGCAGAGACUGCUCCACCACACCUGCCAUCUCCAGCCGUCUCGAGCUUUACUCAUGUCGCCAUAAACGAUGGAAUGACACAAUCGAACACAUGCGACUUCACCAUAACAGCAUCUACCGACGACGACUUAACACCAGAGAAAUCAGUCCGCAUCCUCCCUUGCGCGCACAUCUUCGGGCGCACCUGCCUCUCCGCGUGGUUCACUUCCUCCAAAUCCAACCGCUGUCCCGAAUGCAAUCAAGAGCUUUUCCCUAGCCGGCACAUGAAACUCUUUCUACGCGAACCCACUCGCUCAAUGCGCAUAGAGUUCGUAAAUUGCAUCGAAGAGAUGUGCGGCGACGCCGAAACAGCACAAGAGAUUCGAGAUAGACUAAUGAAGCAGGGCUAUGACGUCGAGUAUCAGUAUGUUGGUGGUGAAGAGGCUGAGGAAGUGGAGAACGAGGAUAUGUUUGAUGAUGAAGACGACGACAGUGAUGAGAUGGAAACCGACGGGUCUGAGGAUGACGACGAGCAGGAACACAACGAAAAUGGCACUCUGGUGAAGGAAGCCUGA